AUGUUCACCAACUCCCCCGACGGCCACUUCAUCAUCGACCUGCAUCCCGAUUAUCCCCAAGUGUCGUUGGCCUCUGGCUUCUCGGGACACGGGUUCAAGUUUGCCAGCGUAAUCGGAGAGAUCAUGGCCGACUUGGCCAUGUUCGGCGAGACUACCCACGACCUCGACUUGUUCCGGCUGGACCGGUUCAACACCAUCUUGAAUUAG